CUGGCCACCCAGAGGUGUGUGGCUCUCAGAAUGAAGGCUUCAUUUGACCGAUUUGAGUGGGACAUUGUUUUUUGUGUUAAUUUUUCACUUUUACUGAGCACCCUGUAAAUAACAGAUACCAUGCCAGGUGAGGAGGACACAGGUAGGGCCCACCUAAUCCCAGCCCCGCACGGGCUGUCGGGGGAGGGGGGUAUGGAGACAGUCAAGGAAAAGGAUAGUCACAUUAGAUGGACACAGAGUCCUUUGGGGCAUAGAAAAAGGGGCUGAUGGAAAGGCAGCCCUGGUAGGUGAUAUGAAGUGACUUUUGAGAGCUAAGGGAGCAGCAUGUGCAAUGGCGGAGAGAAUCCUUUAAGUUUCUCUCCUGGGAGCCUACCUGGAGCUGUCAGCCAACAAGGGGAGUCCAGAAAAGGUGGAAGGUUUGGCUGCGGGGAGUUGUAGGUUCUGGGGAAGGGAGGUUGGAUAGGAGGCCGGCUAGCGUUAAAAGAAAGCGAGAGACCGAGAUGAGCACCACACUCCGCCAAGUGUUUGCUGCCCUCUUGUGGUCUUAGGGAGUGUCUUGGUCUUUAGCCUCCUUUCAAACUGUCCGCCCGCCACCCCGCGUGCGGGGUCUCAAAUUCAGCUUGUCCAAACUGGUCUGAAACUUGGAAAUCAUCCUAGACUCUUCACUCCGUCCAAACAGUCGCCAACUCUUCGCCGAAUCUACCGCCUAAUAUCUCUCAGCUUAAUCUCCUCUCCAUUCCCACUGCCAUUUCUCUGGUCCAUUCUUUUAACAAAUAUUUGCGUGCCUAUUAUUAUACGCCAGGCACCGUUCUAGGCUUCGUGGACACGCCCCUGGGGCCCCCACGGCCAAAAGUCACUAGCGGCUGCGGUCCGAUUUCCCCCACCAGCCCCUCCUCUGCUGCGGCCAGGGUGAGCGUCUCCUUCGACUGGCUCCGGCUGGAAACCCCUCCGUGGCUCGCAGGGCCCACAGGAUGAGCGAAGCUCAGAGCGCGGUAUCCAAGGCUGCCGUCCGCGUAGCAGCAGCCACUCCAAACUGAACCUUUUGCUUCUGCGCAUAGAGAACUCCGCUGCUUUUCGCUUCAUCUUUGCUACUCCAGGAUGCCCAACCAGUACCGCCAACCUCCAUCCUCGAAGGGCCAAAGCUUCCCCAUCCUUCAGACGCUGGACUCCUCUGAUGGCCGUCCCUCCCAUCCGCAGGGCUCUCUGCCCCGCAAUAGGAGUGCCCUGCUCUGGGCAUCACAGCGGAUACAAUGCCCGUGUGUCCCCACUCCCCAGACGUCCUCGCUCCUGGACUCCGGCGGACCUUUAGUUUCCGAGACAGAGCAGUGGGCAGCAGGAUUCACAGACACCACAGCGAACAGGAUGGAGCACUACCGGAAAGCUGGCUCUGUGGAGCUCCCAGCACCUUCCCCGAUGCCCCAGCUACCUCCUAAUACCUUGGAGAUGCGGGUCCAAGAUGGCAGCAAAAUCCGCAACCUACUGGAGCUGGCACUGGGUCAGUUGGAAGGAGGCAGCACACGCCAUGUGGUCUUCUCGGGUUCGGGCCGGGCAACAGGGAAGGCCGUCAGCUGCGCUGAGAUUGUCAAGCGGCGGGUACCAGGCCUGCACCAGCUCACCAAGCUGCGCUUCCUGGAGACUGAGGACAGCUGGGUCCCAGCCUUACCUGACACAGGCCUCGACCCCCUCACGGUGCGCCGCCAUGUGCCUGCGGUGUGGGUACUGCUCAGUAGGGACCCCCUGGACCCGAAUGAGUGUGGCUACCAGCCACCAGGGGCACCCCCUGGCCUGGGCUCCACUCCCAGCUCCAGUUGUGGCCCCCGACCCCGAAGAAGGCCUCGAGACACGCGGUUCUGAAGACCUGCUCCAGAGCCCUGUCCUCCAGACCCGAGUGUCUGGGAUGACUGAAGCCCUGUUCUCCAGACUCAUGUGUCUGGAAUGACUGUAUGGAGCCCCUGUUUUCCAGACUCGAGUGUCUGGGAUGCCUGUGCUUUCUUCAGUGAGCCCCUGUAACUGCUCAACAUCCCCAAUAAGGCUUGAAUCCACAGAAGUGGGCCUUGCUGUCCUGCUUCCCCUCUCCCGUAUUGUGGGGGGAAGGGAUUGCUGUGAAGACUGGGGUCUUUGCUGGGUUCAGGAUUGCUUAAGAAGGGCUUCCUCUGCCUUCCACCUACAGUGCCUCUGAUCUGCCUUCUGAAUAGAGAUCUGAGGAAUGAGUUAGGAAAUAAAAAUUCUGCCUAUUUGUCUGA